AUGGAAGUUCCUAACGGCCUCUUGUCCAAGAUUGAACUGGACGAAUUCACCAUCAAGGAGGUGCAGAACGGUUUCAAGACCAUUGAGAAGAGGCUGGGUGGGGCCAAGGAGGCGGGUGAGCAGCUCCUUAGCAAAUUAAAGGUUGCCAUGCCGAAGACGGCGCCCAUGCUCAAAAGGUCCAGCACAGUUUGGUCACUGUGGAUGGACCUGAUCGGUUCCUUGGAUGACCCUAUGAUCGUGCAAAAGCGCUUGGAGUAUUUGGCGCUCCGCCACAUGAACACGGAGGUGAUUCCCGCAGAUGUGGACGCUUUCAAGUCGGUCAUGAUGGAAAUGUGUGCAGCAAAGUUGGGUGGGCUGAUGAGUGCAGAAUUCCAGUUUGGGGUGGCCCAAAUCUGCACGGCCGUUGGCUUGUCCUUGGCCAACACAUUCGCGCACUUCGCAUCUCGCUUAAAGCUGCUGCAGUCGACCUGGAAAGCCAUCCACGUCGAUCAGAAUGUCAAGGCCAAGGGCUACUGA